UGUUAGCCUCGUCUAGUAAUAUAACUGUGAUCAAUGUGUUGAUUCUCGAUAGACAAAAUGAGGAUACCUAUGGACUGUUUUUGGUGUCAGAUUUGGAUCAGUUUUAUAUUUACAAAAUAUGUAAUUAUGGAAACAAACCUGACAGAAAUUCUGUGUGAACAACAAGUAGUGAAUUUAACAUGUGAUGAAGGCACUAGAAUAAAUAUCAGUGAGGUACAUUUUGGAAAAAAAGAAGAUGACUUGUCUCUUGAUACUACCCUGAGCAGAUAUGCAAAUAACAUGAGGGAGAUUGUAAGAUUGUCAUGCAAUUCUCACAAUACCUGUCACAUUGAUAAUAGUGUAAACAGUUUUACUGGUUUUCUGUCACCUGUACCAAGAAAAGUUGGUUUCACAUACAGAUGUGAAUUUGAAUAUCAUGGUUGUUUCGCAGACGAGGGUAAUUUUGAUGUACACGACCAUGGAUUUUUACAUCGGGCAAAUAUGUCAGCGAAAAUUUGCUAUCAUGAAUGCAGCAAAGGAAACGUCACUCGUCAGUAUUUUGCUACAGAGGAUGGCUCUCAUUGUGUUUGCGGUGGUAUCAUAGGUCUGAGUACGCUAAAACAAAGGAAACAGAAAGAAAACAAAUGUAAAACUCCAUGCAUGUCAAAUGAAAAUGAAAUGUGUGGAUCCAAAAACAGAGCAUCAGUUUACUUGGUUAAAACAGGAGAUUCUAGCCACCCUGAAGGAUCAAUACACUCAAUAAACGGAAUUACGGGUUCAUAUAACAGCGAUGCAACAAAAAGUGUUUCUGUUGGACCUUUUCACUCAGUAAACGCAAGAAUUGUCGGUGGAGUGAUUGGAGCUGUUAUCCUCAUUAUAUUUCUGACCUUGUGUUUGUUCAAAAAUAAAAACAGAAAAAAGAAUGGGAGACCGUAUACAACUGCUAGAAAUGGUUCGGAGAUCCAAGACAAAGCUUUAUUGGUCAUGUUAUCAUCUAAUAAUCCAUCAUCUCCCGGAUACGAGAGUCUUCAGUUAAAUCAUACGGAGUUCUUCGAAUAUGCACAAACCAUGGUAACAGAAGAACAAGAUUUAACCGACGACGAGAUAAUAAAUGAUCAUCGCUCAAAGCAGUCAACGAAUGGUAAUAAUGACGUUAACCAUUAUGAGUCCGUAGAAGCAUCAAAUUAUUCUAAAUUUGAUGAGAGCAGUCUGUGUAAUCAGUUGUUUCAUCCAUCUGAAUCUGUUUUCAACAACAGUCGAUUUAACAGAAUCAAUAGAAUCGAUGGUCUAUUGCCUGGUGCAAAUAUCAUUUGUGAGGUCACGAUAGAUAAUCCAUAUGACACAAUUGAUCCAGAUGAAAUUGGAUUCAGAAGAAGAAAAUCUAAUGAUAGUACCAGUACAUUAGAUAAAAUUAUCCAUAGCGAAUAUACAACUCAAAUGAAAUGUACAUGUAAUGCAUAUGGAAUUCUUGAUCCUAAAGAAACUGGAUUUUAUAGAAGUAAUUUUGAUAAAAGUAUAAAUCAAUUAGAGCAAAAUGUUAAUGGACAAGCUCCAACUCAAAGGGGGAGUUCAUGUAAUACAUAUGGUGUACUUGAUCCAAAAGAAACUGGAUUUAACAAAAGUAAUUUUUACAACAGUAACAGUGAAUUAGAUAAAAGUGUCAAUGUAGGAGAUUCAACUCUAAGAGGAAGUACAGGUAAUGCAUAUGCCGUACUUGAUCCAAAAGAAACUAGAUUUUACAGAAGUAAAUCUUUAGACAAUGAACUGGAGAAAGUAUUUUUCGGUGAUGAUCUCAACCAGAAGUAUCACAGUACUUUCAUUCCAUAUUACACACUCAAUCCAGUAGAACCUGGGUACAAAAGAAGCGAAUUAGAUAACUGCAAACGCGGUUGUAGUGAAAAAACUCAAAGAGAUACUCCGAAUAUAUCUGUUGACAACAGGAUAGAGGAUUUUACACAGAAUGCAUACUCAGUUCUAGAUUCAAGAGAUACAGGAUUUAUCCGAGGACAUGUUACAGCACAAAUGAAUGAAGCAUUUAAAAUAAAUAAUGAAAAUUAGUUAUACAGUUAGACCAACCUUGUGAAACGAGCAAUUUAUAAAAGCUACUUAUAUGUGUACGGUUGCAGACGAAACCAUAUGGAAUAACUUUUCCAAAAAUUAUCUACGAAAAUGCAUAUGAUCAUGAAAGUAUAGAACUAUAUGAAAUUUCUGUUUACCGAUUUGACAUGAACAAUAUAUCAAUAUGCAACAUGUUAUUGAAUGAGAAUCGAUCUUUUUAUUUCCAAACUCAAUGGAUGAACAACUUGUGCACCAUUCGUCUUUUCUUUAUAGUUCGUCUGUCCAUCAUUAGAAAUUUUAAAUUGAAGUUUAUAUUAAUGUUUCAUGUUCUGGCCGACUCAGCCUCUUUCAAAAUCCAUUGUUUAUUUUGGUGGACGAUACACUUUUUUUACUAGAUUUAUGAUGUCUGUAGUAGAUACGGCAAUGUUUUCUUAACCAUCUUAUGAACUUGGUGCACGUGUUAAUUUUCAAUAUUAAGUGUAUUCAGGAAGUUGUAAUAAUUACUUAGUAGCAGUAUAACAGUGCAAAGAUU